AUGCGGGAAUUGACACAGCCUCUAGAUCAUACCAAUUUUGCCCUUUCUAUUGAUCGGUCAUGGAAACUUCAACAAUGGACAUCACUGUUACUCGCGAGUUAUGGAGUUGCUCUUUUACUUGGCUCUCGUGGGUGUAUAUUCAACCAAUUGAUUCUUCGUGAGCUGAUUGUAGAUAUAGCUAUGGUGGGUUAUUUUUGCGACAAAUAUCGCAUUCAAAAAGCAACGCUGGUCACUGGCUUCGUCGCCAUGGCCCUAGCAACCCUCUUUUUCAUCUUUGCGGGUAAUGUGUGGGUUCUACUCAUAGCUCGAGUAUUCCAGGGCCUGUCAGGCGCCGUGGUCGGGGUGUUGGGCUUGAGCAUGAUCGCCGAAACAUCCAGUCCGGAAAAUUUAGGCCCACGUAUGGCUUGCGGGUCAGCAUCAUUAACAUGGGGGAUGCUCUGUGGCCCUAUUGCGGGUGGUUUUCUAUUCUCCAAAUUUGGCACUCUUGGUGCCUUCGGAGUCCCCAUCGCACUGCUUGUGGUGGACAUUGUUUUGCGCAUGUUGAUUGUACAAGAGGAUAGAGAUAUAACCAAAGCUUAUGAGCAGGAGGAUUCACCUCUCUUAGCAAACAGUACCUCCAGCGAAACUUCGUUGAGCUUUCACAACUUCUUGCACCCAAUCAUGCUAGGGGUGAUUUUUUGUGUCUUCGCGAUCUCUUCCAUUCUAUCUGCUUUUGAAACGACCCUUCCCCUAUUUGUCCUCGACACAUACCAUUGGUCUAGUUUGGGUGCGGGGCUCAUUUUCCUCCCAAUGACUGUACCUUCUGUUCUCAGUAUUCCAAUUGCCCACUUUGUGAGGCGCCUUGUACCACGGAACGUUGUGGUGACUGGAUUUAUCUUGAUGUCGGUACCAAUGAUAUCACUGCGGUGGGCCCAAGGAAAUACGAUCAACCAUGAAAUCACGCUUAUUUGCUUGCUGUUCCUCAUUGCAGUGUGCCUCACCACGGUGCAAGCAAUCAUUAUGGGGGAUGUCUCUAAUGCAGUCCGGAAAAUUGAAAGCCUUCAUGGGAUCGCCGAGGAGGACAGCAGCGGACAAGGACGGGGCUACGCACUCUGUAACAUGGCAUUUGCGGCUGGUCAAACACUUGGCCCUAUGGGGGGUGGAUUCAUAAAACAUGAAUUGGGCUGGGGGUUCAUGACGCUCGUACUUGGGAUUCUAUGUCUUGUCGCUGGUCUUUCGUCAUUCUUUUCCAUUUCAGCAGCCCCACCUAAAGCCGACACGGACGAGAUAAACGAGAGUGAUUGA